GGUCGGGUUUCCACAAUGCGGCACUCAGUGCGCAUGCGCGGGUUUACCGGAAGCGUUAACAUUGUCUUCCACCAGCUGAUGGCCCAGUUGUCAACAGUCGCGCUCGCUGCCGAAACGACAGUUGAAGCCAGAGACGCCUGAGACGACGUCGUCGUCGUCAUCAUCGCCCGAGGGUCCACUGUCCAAGUGACUGCCACGUCCACUGGUGGGGGUGGAGGAGGAGGAGGCCCAGCGACACCUGCCGUCUCCCACGCGGGCGGCUCCAGAGCAGCAUGAGCUCCAGGGGGAGUGGGGGCCGCUCCAACGGCGCGCUGCCGCAGACCAAGAUCUGCCAGUUCAAGCUGGUGCUGCUGGGCGACAUGGCCGUGGGCAAGUCCAGCCUGGUGCUGCGCUUCGUCAAGGGACAGUUCGACGAGUUCCAGGAGACGACCAUAGGAGCCGCGUUCCUGGCUCAGUCGGUGUGUCUGGACGACACCACGGUGAAGUUUGAGAUCUGGGACACGGCGGGACAGGAGCGCUACCACAGCCUGGCUCCCAUGUACUACCGAGGCGCCCAGGCCGCCAUCGUCGUCUUUGACAUCACCAAGCCGGAGACCUUGGAGAGAGCCAAGGCCUGGGUGAAGGAGCUGCAGAGGCAGGCCAGUCCCAACAUCGUUAUCGCUCUGGCCGGGAACAAAGCCGACCUGUCGGAGAGGCGACUCGUGGAUUACGAGGAAGCCCAGACGUAUGCGGAGGACACCGGCUUGCUCUUCAUGGAGACCUCCGCCAAGACGGCCAUGAACGUCAACGAGCUCUUCCUGGCCAUCGCAAAAAAGAUGCCAAAAACCGACACCCAGAACCCGACACACGCAGCGCGGCACCGGGGGGUCAACCUCCAGGACCCCGACGCCCACUCCACCCGAGCCUGCUGCGGUGGAAACUAAACCUCCCACCAUCCGCGACACCACCACCACCACCACCACCACCACCCCUUCAACCACCCUGUCUCCCCUCAGACAUCUUCCAGGGGCGGGGCCCGACGAGCUCGCCCUCCACUCAUCCUCCUGUCCGAGCAGGACGUUCAGACACAGAAACCCUAAAAGGAGAGAGCGAGAAGGAGGGAGGAGCAGAGCGGCGUUAAAGAUGUCCCACGCGUGUGUCCCUCGGAGCUGGAGAGGAGAGGAGAGGAGAGGAGAGGAUGGGAUGUGGGACACAGCUGCACGCCUGUUGUAGUAUAUUAGCACUAAUUUGUGAUGUUUCUUUGUUGUUUAUCGUGUUCCUUCCGCUCACAGUCCUGAUUGCGUAACAAAAUAAAUGCACAAAAAUGAGCAGCACGCGCUGGCGAGCGGCCCAGAGAGGAGAGGAGAGGAAAAGAGAAAAAAAAGGCCCAGACAUAAAAGAAGCAACUCUUCUUCUCCUGUUGUUGGAACUUGCACUCGCUUGCUUUGCCUCCUGCUUAGACCCGAAUCGAUGGAAGCCUGCUGUGAGGAGGGGCACGUGACGUGUAACCCCGGAAUGAACCCCGACCUCUCUGCUGAGGGUCCGUUUCUACGUAUUUAUUGUCCGGCGUCGCUCCCUCUUCCUCUAAACUCUACGAAAGCGCUUGUCUGUCAUUGAUCUGGUCGGUCGGACCGACUCGCUUGUUUUAACGAAUGAUCGAGGUGCCGUGUUCCUAAAAUAUUUAUAGUUUUCAACGCUUCAGCGUUCACACGAAAAAAUGCGAAGAUGAUAUAGACUUGAUCUGAAGUGUGUGUGUGGUCAUAUGACUUUAAUAUUGUGUAUGAGCAGUAAAUGUAAAUGACAUGUCAGUAGCAGAGUAAUUAAUCCCUAAAAAGAAAACCACUGGAUCAAAAUAAGACUUUAAAUCCCAGCAUUUGAUAAAAGGAUGAAUCUCACUUCAUGAUUCUUGCACUGGAGGAAGAUGCUGAAUGUAGCGGCGGGAACGUUGGUCGUCCAUCUUUGGCUCCGCCCACAUUAGAGAAUUCAUUCGCUUCACAUAAGUGAUGUAAGUUAAUUAUACAUUAAGAAAAUGAGAUUUUUAAUGGAUAAAACCUGUGUGAUGCCUUUUAGGAUUGUUUAACACCCCCCCCCCCCGUCCUUUGUCUAAUGCUAAGUUGUCUACCAUCAAGAUGUAGUGAUCUGAUCUUCAUUUAGCUCAACAUGAUGCUCUUCAAACACAGCUGUGCGCUUUGGUUGCUGAAAAUGGAACAAAUUGAUGAAAAAAAAGACAAAAAGUGCCUAUUUGUGGGUUUCUUUUUCUGUAAAUCAUUGUGUGCUUCGUAGGCCGGCGGCAGGAACGAUGUCGACUCGCACUAGAAACCGACAACAUGUCAUCAGGUCCUACUGUAUCGGCUUCGUGUGGAUGUAGAGAGCUCGUUGAAUACACUGUAUGUCGUAUAUUGUCUUCUAAUCAAAGUGUGUUGGUUUUAGCAGGGCACACUUGUGAACCUGGAAUAGAUUCUUUAAAAAAAAACUUAAUGUUAUAAAUCUGUUGGAUUUAAACUAAUUUGUUUCCGGGAAAAUCUUUUACUUUAAUGUUUAUUUUCAGAUUCAGAAACCGGCAUAUUGAUAAAAAAAAAAAUGUGGUGAAGCAGUUGCACCCUAAAAUGAUUUGUCCCCCUGUCAUGGCAUUAAAAAAAAGCUCAUUAAAUACAUUAAGCAGCGUCCACUAAUUCACUCUUCAGUGAUGACGAGUCGACAAAGUGUUCAAUAAAGUUGUGAGUGGCUCUUUGAUGGCA